AUGAUUCCCUCUCUUGUCCUAUGUUUCUCUACACUCGCCGCUGGUGCUGCUCUUCAGCGACGUGAUCCUGUUCCAGCUGGAUAUGUUGCGGCACCAUAUUACCCAGCUCCCCAUGGAGGAUGGGCAUCGGACUGGACUGAGAGCUACCGAAAGGCAUCUCUUCUUGUUUCGAACAUGACACUUGCCGAAAAGACCAACCUCACAGCCGGUAGUGGAAUCUUCAUGGGAAGAUGCGUCGGAAACACAGGCAGCGCAGAAAGAGUAGGCAUCCCUCAGCUCUGCUUGCAGGACGGACCUCUAGGUGUCAGAAACACGGAUCACAACACUGCCUUCCCUGCCGGCAUCACGGUGGGAGCCACAUGGGACAAGGAUCUUCUCUAUCGUCGUGGUGUUGCGAUCGGCGAAGAGUUCCGUGGCAAGGGAGUAAACGUUCAUCUCGGACCGUCGGUCGGUCCGCUAGGACGUAAACCGCGUGGCGGUAGAAACUGGGAAGGAUUCGGCUCAGAUCCUGUUCUCCAGGCUUUUGGUGGGGCUCUUUCCAUCGAAGGCAUCCAGAGCACGGGCGUCAUAGCCACAAUCAAGCAUCUGAUCGCAAACGAGCAGGAAGAGUACCGCAUGUACAACCUGGUCAAGCCUGGCAUCUCAUCGAAUUUGGACGAUCGCACGCUUCAUGAGCUCUAUCUUUGGCCAUUUGCUGAGGGUGUGCGUUCCGGCGUUGGUGCCGUCAUGAUUGCUUACAACGCUGUCAACGGAAGUGCAUGCUCGCAGAACAGUUACUUGAUCAACGGUAUAUUGAAGGAGGAGCUCGGUUUCCAGGGCUUCGUCAUGUCUGACUGGCUUGCUCAGAUCUCCGGUGUCGCUUCGGCGCUCGCAGGACUUGACAUGUCCAUGCCUGGAGACAUCCACACCAUUCCACUCUUUGGCAACUCUUACUGGAUGUACGAGCAGUCGCGUGCCAUUCUCAACGGAUCUCUCCCAGUGGACCGCUUGAACGAUGCUGUCACACGCAUUCUUGCCACCUACUUCAAGAUGGGCCAGGACCAGGACUACCCGCGACCCAAUUUCGAUGCCAACACUCAGAACGCCGAGGGUCCUCUUUAUCCAGGCGCUCUUAUCUCGCCUCAAGGUAUCGUGAAUGAGUUUGUGGAUGUUCAGGGCAACCAUGCAGAGGUCGCUCGUGAAGUGGCCCGCGAUGCUAUCACACUCUUGAAGAAUCAGGACGGCUUGCUACCUCUGUCUUCCAACGGUACCCUGAAGAUCUUUGGCACAGACGCGGAGAAGAACCCCGACGGGAUAAACUCGUGCGCGGACCAAGGAUGCAACAAAGGCACACUAGGAAUGGGAUGGGGAUCUGGCUCAGCGAGAUACCCCUACAUGAACAGCCCGAUCGACGGCUUCAAGACCCGUGGCGCCAACUAUCAGUUCUUCAAUACGGAUUCCUUCCCAGGAAACUCGAACCCAUCGCCGAGCGACACUGCCGUCGUCUUUGUGACUGCAGACUCUGGCGAAAACUAUAUUACUGUUGAGAACAACCCAGGAGAUCGGACUUCUUCGAACCUUAACCUAUGGCACAAUGGCGAUAAGCUUAUCAGGGACGUAGCAGCCAAGUACUCCAACGUUGUGGUUGUGGUACAUACCGUCGGUCCCAUUCUCAUGGAUCAAUGGCACGAUCUACCUUCGGUCAAAGCCGUCCUCUUCGCCCAUCUGCCUGGCCAAGAAGCAGGAGACUCACUGAUGCAGGUUCUCUACGGCGAUGUGUCUCCAUCAGGCCAUCUGCCGUACACUCUCCCCAACUCCGAAGAUGAUUAUCCCCAGUCUUUGAGCCUUGUCGGAUAUCAGAUUGGGCAACCACAGGAUACCUUUACCGAGGGUCUCUACAUCGACUACCGUCACUUCCACAAGGCCAAUAUCACACCUCGGUACGCCUUCGGUCACGGACUCAGCUACACGUCGUUCUCAUUCGCCAACGCGACCAUUACUCCAGUAACUCGGCUUACAGCCGCGCCGCCAGCUCGUCCCGCGAAGGGCGAGACACCCACCUACUCAACCGCCAUCCCUCCGGCUUCCGAGGCGUACUGGCCAGAGAACUUCAACCGCAUCUGGCGCUACCUCUACUCGUGGCUCGACAAGAACGAUGCCGAUGCCGCAGCCAAGAUUGGCAACUCGACUUCGACAUACCCAUACCCCACGGGUUACUCAAACGAGCAGAAACCUGGUCUACCAGCUGGUGGCGCACAAGGAGGAAACCCUGCUCUAUUCGACACGGCAUACGACAUCACCGUCAGCGUCACCAACACGGGAAGCCGCGCGGGCAAGGCCGUCGCACAACUGUACAUCCAGUUCCCCAACGAGAGCACAGUCGACACACCCGUCAUUCAGCUUCGUGACUUUGAAAAGACGAGGGAACUGGAGGCCGGGGCUAGCCAGACGCUUAGUCUGAGGGUCACAAGAAAGGAUCUUAGUGUGUGGGAUGUAGUGUCGCAGAACUGGGUGAUUCCUGCUGUUGGCGGUGAUUAUGGAGUCUGGAUUGGUGCUGCGUCGGAUGAUUUGCAUCUGAGGUGUGGGACGGCGAGUGGAAGCUGUGAGGGUGAUUUGGACAGUCCUGUGUAA